AUGUACCGUGCCCCAGACUCACCCAAUCUCUCCCCAACACUCGCACACACAACUCUUCAGGACCUCGCCAACACCCCCGCCGAUAUCCGGCCUCCAGCAACCCCACUCUCAGCCUACCUCCUCCCUCACCAGUACCUCGUCUUCAUCUUUCCUGUGACGCUACUUUUUGGAUCACUCUUUGGAUAUAUUGGCGGUGAUCGGCCCUCGUACUUUUCCAACAAGAGGAAUAUUCUGAACGUAGUCUUCGUCAAGAAUGGCUGGGGGUGGACGUCGAUCGCUUUUCUGGUCUAUAUCGCCGUCGUCUUUGGCAAGGCUCUGAUCCACCAGCAGGACAACUCUUUCAAUACCACUCCCGUCGCACGGCCUCAGGAGGACGAAUCGAGCAACAGCAACAUCAACGAAACAACAGGAUCGUUAAGGACAAGAUCUUCAACCCACCUGGAUCAAGACCAAGGACCCUCGAUGGUCGGAACCGACCUGCCCCCCGUAGGAUCAACCGCCAGCGCCAAGGUCCCCUCCAACGUCGUCGUCAAGGCCCUCAUCCGCUGGGGUCUCGCAACUCUCUAUUGGUGGCUCAUCUCCCAAUGGUUCUUUGGACCCGGACUCUUCGACCGCGUCUUUGUCAUGACAGGAGGAAGUUGCUCGGUCGACGGUCACUGGUCCCAAUAUCACUGUCGUCGCCAAGGAGGAAACUGGGCCGGUGGUGUCGAUAUUUCGGGCCACAUGUUCCUCCUCACCCACGCCUGGCUCUUCCUCAUGGAGGAACUUUCUAUUUUCCUCAACGUCCCCGAGGCAUGGACCGCGCUCCAGAACCGCAGGACUGCCAAGUAUGCUGUCUGGGGGGUCUUGGCCCUCACAGGUCUUUGGUGGUGGAUGUUGUUGAUGACCAGUGUCUACUACCACCAUUUGGCCGAAAAGCUGACAGGAUUGUUCUUUGGCGUCCUGUUCUGGCUCGGAUCCUAUGCUACUCUCUACAAGGUCACUCCCUUCCCCUCUAUGCCUGACCAGGCCGUCGUUCUGUAA